GCCACGAGGAGGGGGCUCACUUCCGGGAAGAGGGCAAUUGGUAACCCGGAAGCGGUUAAUUGUGCAGCGCUGUUUAAAGAUGGCGGCGGAGGAACCUCAGCAGCAGAAGCAGGAGCCGCUGGGCAGCGAUUCCGAAGGUGUUAACUGUUUGGCCUAUGAUGAAGCCAUCAUGGCUCAGCAGGACCGCAUUCAGCAAGAGAUUGCUGUGCAGAACCCUCUGGUCUCGGAGCGGCUGGAACUCUCAGUCCUGUACAAGGAGUAUGCUGAGGAUGACAACAUCUACCAACAGAAGAUCAAGGACCUCCACAAAAAGUACUCAUACAUCCGGAAGACCAGGCCCGAUGGGAACUGUUUCUAUCGAGCGUUUGGAUUCUCCCAUUUGGAGGCGCUGCUGGAGGACAGCAAGGAAUUGCAGCGGUUCAAGGCUGUGUCUGCCAAGAGUAAAGAGGACCUGGUGUCGCAGGGCUUCACUGAGUUCACAAUUGAGGAUUUCCACAACACGUUCAUGGACCUGAUCGAGCAGGUGGAGAAGCAGACCUCUGUCACUGACCUACUGGCCUCCUUCAAUGACCAGAGCACCUCAGACUACUUGGUGGUCUACCUGCGGCUGCUCACCUCGGGCUACCUGCAGCGCGAGAGCAAGUUCUUCGAGCACUUCAUCGAGGGUGGGCGGACCGUCAAGGAGUUCUGCCAGCAGGAGGUGGAGCCCAUGUGCAAGGAGAGUGACCACAUCCACGUCAUCGCCCUUGCCCAGGCCCUCGGUGUCUCCAUCCAGGUGGAGUACAUGGACCGUGGGGAGGGCGGCACCACCAACCCGCACGUCUUCCCUGAGGGCUCAGAGCCCAAGGUCUACCUUCUCUACCGGCCGGGCCAUUACGACAUCCUCUACAAAUAGGGCCGCCUACCCACCUGCCCACCGCUGCCCACCCCGCUGCCAGGCGCCAGCCAUGUACACAGGUUUUUUUUUGUGGUUGUAAAUGGUCAUAUUCACUCCUCCCCUUUUUUCUGUCACACCACCUUCCAUGUUUUAUUAAAGGGGAUGCUGGUGGUGA